AUGUAUUUUAAGCUGUUGGCUGUUUUUAUUUGCUUAACAGUUUCAACAUCAGCAGAACCAAAGAGAGGGCUUCGGCUACUCUUUCCUGAAGAACACAGGAAGUACAUCUUCUCAUUAAGCAGUAAUGUCUCCACGGGCACCUGGACCCCACGACAGCGUGGCACCUAUUGGCAGCUGGAAGCUAAACUUUACGUGCAGGUGUAUGACAAUUUUACGAAGGCCAGAAUGUCACUUCAAGGUUUGAAGGAGAUAGUACAUCCUUUAACAACAUCAGAAUUACAUGAUAGGGGACAUUCCGACAAGAAAUGUUUGAAAGAUCCCUGGGAGUUGGAUUACCAGGAAAAUGGUUAUAUCAAAUCGAUAUACGUUGGUUACGACGAGCCGGCUUGGUCGGCGAACUUGAAGAGGGCUAUCUCUAUUAAUUUCCAAGUUACGAAGGACAGCGGGACAUACUCCAUCAAUGAGCCAUGCCUAGACGACAUAUGCGCUAUGAUCUACCUGUCCCAAGGCAGCUUGGUGAAGAAGUACACCAGUCUGCGGGUCCCCACGGCUAGCAGUAGAAGCAGCUGGAGUUCCGUGCCCUGGUCACCAGAUUACGUUGGAAGAGCUAUUAUAGACUCCGUGUCUUCAGCAGAACGCACAUACGAUAUUGAUGACUACAAAGGAUUGCAUUCAAUGGAGUUACAAUCAAGUUAUCAAUACAAAACACAUGAUUAUAUAUUAGCUGUAAAUACUUAUUUAUCUCUGACCUACGACCAAGAUAUACCAGCCCAGAGUGUUGAAAAAAUAAAUCUUUUCCAAACCUCUAUACAGUAUGUGGCCAGUGACUACAGAGACCCGUCAAACGGUAUCAGAAACGUCACCCAAGGAAGUUUGAAAAAUACUACUUACGAUAUGCUCCUGAAAAUUGCAAGAACUGGAAUAGACGCUGACAACAUCGUUAGAAAUGCUUCUCUUAUACACAGUUUGGAUUUUAUAGACCUUUUAAACUCUAUAUCUCGUUUGGAUUAUGAGACUCUUGUCCGUCUCUUCAAUGACUUGGUUCUUGGGACAAGUUACGAAUUGGAAACUGCGCGGAAUAUAUUCCUGGAGGUAUUACCACACUCCAGGAGCGAUGCCUCUGUCAAGUUUAUCAAAUAUCUGGUGCUGGAAGAAAAGGAAAAUGUGGAAGACGCAACACUCCUCUCCUUGAUUCGGAAGCUGCCCUUUAACGUGGCAGCGCCGAAGCAAGCGCUCCUGGAAGAACUAGAGGUGUUCAGCAAACUGGGUUUGGACUUCACCCCUGAUAUACGCCACGCUGGGAUCCUGAGCUUCGCGACACUGCUCUAUAAAACCAUGAUGAUAUCACAAGUAAAGCAGGACUACUUUGACAAUAUGGUGGUGAAAUACUUCAGGAUGUACAGUGACUGUCCUAUAUAUCUAGACCGUAUGGUUUGGCUCCAGGGUUUAUGUAAUAUUGGUUACUCUGCGGAAUCAUACACGAGGAUUAUUCAUACAGAGACGAGUAGAAAUCGUCAUGAAAGAGUUUGGGCGGCAUUGGCCCGGAAUCCCAGAGUUGAGGAUCCCUAUGUGAUCCUGGAAACGACACUACCAAUAAUCAUGAAUUCUACUGAACACAUUCAACUUCGCAUCAUAGCUCUCCAUACAUUCCUCAGCUCCUCAAACGUCAGAGAGUCAGACUUCUUAUUAGUUCACAAUUAUAUUAACACAUGUGACAACAAUCAGCUCAAGAGAUUCUGGUUUGCAACGCUGAAUAACUUGGAAGCGAAUAAGUAUUUUUCUGGAUAUAGAGUGACAUCUUUCUACGUACCAUUCGUGAUUAACCAAGUAUCAAAUCCAGACCCGCUAUACUGGGCGACGAACAACUACAUAAUUAGUGCACAAGAAGAAGAUGGUGCUCCUUCCUUGCAGGUCCUGAGCAUAGGAGAUUCUGAAGGUGUGCUGCCAACUUUUAUAGGAGCCAAGCUUAGUACUGGUGGCAGAAGACCAUAUAAAGUUGAUGUCUAUUUAUUAAUAGAGGGAGUCGCAAUGAGUGUGUACAAGAAAUUUAGCCGGUUUAACCCCAAAGAGCUAAAAGUGGAAGAGCUGGUGGAGAUACUGAAGAAGUUGAAGGUGUGGUCUAUGAAAGUACCCGAAAAAGUGCAUAUAGAUAUGGUGGUCAAAAUUCACGACAAAACUGUUUACGCAACGCAUAUGAACCAAUCAAGGUUCGAGACAUGGAACGGAGAAGAUUUGGCAUAUAUAGAAGAUUUCCUCCGUUUUGGCAGUCACAUCAACCAACAAAUUGUUUACUACCCGUUCCAGACUGAUGUUCAUAUUCCAAGCGAGAUGGGAACACCCAUUCGACUCCAGUCUACAAUUUUAUCCUUCACAUCUAUAAGAGGAAACUUAACAGCUCCGUCUAGUCAGGAUCUUACGUGGAAGAAUGAUCUUCACAUAAGAUACCAAGGCACGGCAGUCACAACUCUAUCUACUGACGGACCUCUGGCACAAUCACUUCAUUCGGCUCGGAUCCAGCAGUCUUUGGUUGGACACCUGCCAAUGAAAUUCAACGUUACAUUCUCUAUCGAAGAACAAUCUUUAGAACUGACUUGGCCGAAUCCAGGAGACCAGCAAGGAGGAGUAGCUAUGCACUCUCGAGCCCAAAUCAGCGUGGAGACUCACAACGCUAAGUCUACGUAUACAGUCACUGCUGGAGACAAGAACUUAGCGGCUACCGACCAAAGCAGUGUCUUCUUCGACUGCGAAAGACCAAUCACUGGAGCUGAAGUUUUAGACAAGCUGUUCACAUCAAGGGCUAAUCGUUAUGACUUUCUAGCCUCAGUCCAGCCAUCUUUGAUAAUCCUGAACAGUAUUCUUCUCUUCACAUCGCCUCCGUCAGGAUCCUGUGGCCUAAUAUUGCCUCCACAGCAUCUUAUGAAGACACAUAAUGAUGUACUUCAGCUCAAGAUACGAGUAAACCACAUGAGCUUCGGCGAAGACACCACUAAGUUUGAUUUGAGUCUCUCUCUCUUUUACUUCAGUCAAUCUCCAAAGCGCGUAUUCUUCGAAAUGGAAGCAGUUACAACAGUGGAGAAUGCUGGUGGAAACAUGAAUCUGCAGCUGACUGUACACGGACUGCAGCCCAAUACCGACAAUACCACGAGGAAUGAAUGGACGAUUUGCCUUCGAGAACAAGACAUCAGCCAUGUAGCAUCAGACCAAGAUAUAGGUAUCCAUCCAGCUUCUUAUGAAGGCCAUCUAACCCUGACGUACUCUGGCAACAAAACUGAUUGCUUCCAUUCAGGACCAGCCAGCGAACUGACUUUGAAAUACAAAGGAGUGCCUAAGAACUUGUACGGAAAGUUGGAGAGGUUCUUCGAAGUUAAGAUCUUUGGGAGUAAUCUUUCUGAAACGGGAAUAUUAGAGUCUGAACUAGUGACGCAGACAGCAUUAGGCCAGCUCGUGAGGAGUUACAGUAAGGAGCCCCUCAAUAUGACUGCAGUUAUCAAGGAAAUGAAUGGACUUGCUUCUGUCAGCGUCAACAAGGGAGCUGAGAUGCAGUUCAAGUCUGACAACUUUGCGUGGCUGUUGGACAGCUGGACUGACAUGCAGAUUUUGACUAUGCAGACCCUGGGACUAUACCGCGAAUGUCGUCUUCACAAGAAUUCUAUUAAUAUGCUCUUUGGAGGCACGGAGAAUUUGAUGGAAUCUACAUGCUUCGAAACUGUGAUUUUAGCUGACUGCAGCGAAGUGCCGAGAUUUGCAGUGAUCCGUCACAACGACAGCAUCAGGGUUUACACUGGAGGCUACUACGUCAUGAUCACGUUGCAUGAGGAUUCGAAGGCAGCCGUGGAUGUGAGUCAUGCUGGCAACAAUUUCUGGAUCUCCCAAAUCCGCAACACAGUGAAGAUUAUAUCAAGAACAACAGACCUUCAAGUUUACUACAAUCACCAUGAACUAGUAAUAUUAGUGCCCCAUGUGUAUCUGAACACCAUUUGUGGUUUAUGUACGAAUAAAAUGAUGAAUUACGAUUGUUAA